GGCCCGGCGGGAGCAGCUGCGGCGGGAGUCGGGAGCGGCUGUCAGGGCGCGGGCAGAGUCUGUGUGUGUGUGUUUGUGGGGCGGGCAGCCAUGCGGCGCUGGAGACUCCUUCUCUUCUCCGUGCUCCUCGGCGUGCUGGUCUCCGUCAGAGGCAAUAUUGAUGACUUCAACUUAGAAGAUGCACUUGGAGAGAUAAAGACGACAAAGAAGCCUCUUCCAUCCCAGAAGACACCAACACAGGACUUAGAUGAUUUUAACUUAGAUGAUGCUCUUCAUCCUGAUGGUCCCAAGCCAAAUCCUCCUGCAAAACCUAAAGACACUGAUAACCCCAAGCAAGAUCAACCUAAAGACACUGGCACAUUUGAUGAUACAGAUCUAUUUGAUGGCAGUUUACCAAAAGGCGGAGGUGAUGGUAGUGGCAGCAAUGAACGAAGGGGCCAAACUCCAAAUAAUGGCCAAGAAGAUGAGGCUUCUCAGGGAGCAAUAGCUGGAAUUGUAAGUGCCGUGGCUGCUACUGUAAUUGGAGCAGUAUCUAGUUUCAUUGCUUACCAGAAGAAGAAACUCUGUUUCAAACAAAGCGCAGAUGAAGAGAAUGUGAAUAUGGAUAGCCAUAGGGGAGCACAAUCUGAGCCACCUGUUCAGCGCACACUUCUGGAGAACUAAAUUAAAGAAAAUGUGAUGAAGAACAGAUCUUGAAACUGGAUAGAGAACCUGCAUUCUGCCUGAAAAAAACCAAAAGGACACAAAAAAAGCAUAA